GUGCCGCGGCCGGGAUGUGGCGGCUGCUGCUAGGCCGCGGCGGCCUCGGGCGCUGCUCGCUGCCGCCCGCCCGGCCGCCGCCCGGCCCCGCCGCCACCGCCACCGGCCCCGGCGCCGAGCCGCCCGACAGCCGCGGCUCCCAGCGCUGUUGCAGUGCGCCCAGGUGUCAGAGCGAGUGGCCCCAGGAUGGCCAGGAGCAAGAAGGAAGGAGGCAGCCGCUGCCCAGCCUGGUGCCCCGCUACUCCGUGCUGGAUGCCGUCACCUGGGGGGCAGUGGCCGCGCUUCUUCUGCAGCUGGUCAAACAGAUCUCGUGGCUGCGAUCACUGCCGGACGCCAGGAGGGAGCACAGAUCUUCCUGGCUUUCCUCACUGCCUGCUCAGCAGACAGUGGUUACUGAAGCCUCAACCAGUUGUCGCAGUGCCCAUCUGGGGCCCUGCUUCUUGCAGAAAGCAGGUCCAGAGGUUGCACCAGAGAAUUCAUGCCCGGGCAUCCCCUCAGGUCCAGGAGAGAGCCAGCUCUGGGCAGAAGAAGGGGAGUUCCCAGUCCCUCAGCGCUCCAGCCCAGGGCCAGUUCCCCACAGUACAAAGGGUGACCCAGCUCAGCGAGGGCGUUUGGAGGAAGCUGCUUUCCAGUUGCAGCAGAUUUUCCGGGUUGAUAUUUCCAUUGCAUUCAAUAUCCUUGGGAUUGAAAGUAUGAGAGCAGGCCACUACCAGAUAGCUUAUACCUGCUUCAAACUGGCAGCAGAUCGAGGCUACAGCAAAGCCCAGUUCAACGUGGGUCUGUGUUAUGAGCAUGGCAGAGGCACAGAAAAAGACUUGGAAAAGGCAGCUUUCUAUUACUACCGUGCGGCCAGCAGCUGUCACCCCAUGGCACAGUACCGCUACGCUAGAUGCCUCUUAUGCCACAGUCCUGAAAAUGAAUGGCACAGGCUUCAGAAGGCAGUGUCUUUCCUGGAGCAAGCAGCAGUGGCUGGGCUUACAGAGGCACAGGCUUAUCUUGGAGUGUUCUACAUGAGGGGGCUACAACCUAAGGAAAAGAGAGGUCUGAAGUACCUGUUGCUGGCAGCAAAUAAUGGUGAUGCCCAAAGCAGGUAUCACGUGGGCGUUUGCUAUGAGAAGGGCCUUGGGGUGCAACAGAGCCUGGCAGAAGCGACGAGACACUAUCGACAGUCAGCUGCUGCGGGGAACAGGAGUGCUCAGGAGAGGCUGCAAGUGAUACAAGAGGAGAUGAAAGAUGUGCAAAGAAAGCACCUGUUCCCUUGCGGUAUUCGAGCCUCUUCCUCCAGCCCCUGUUUCUGGGCUAUUGAGCACAUGCCUGCAGGUCUCCCCACCUCCCAGCCCAGACAAUCUGCCCUCGCCCUGCCCCACUCCUGGAGCGCAGACAGACUCCACAUGAUGACGCUCAGCAGUGCAGAAUGGAGCCAUACCCUGGGAAACAAGGUGACUCCGCUGGAGCUGUAAUGCUUGGAGACCCACCGAUGCUGCUUCUAGAGCAGCUGCCACCAAGCUGCCUACAGAACAGGAGCACUGUCAUCCAGUCCAAGGCUCUUCCCACGUGCUGACAGCUGCCGCAGAAGCCCUGAACCUGUUUCAUUGUGGACUUGGACCUUCUGGGACAGAAUCAUUUCAAAGAGGGUGCUCAUUUCUGAAAGGAAAGUGCUGGCCAGUCUUGUCCCAGCGGUGUUUGAGUCAGACCCAGCCCCUUUCCCAAAGGUCUCAAAAGUCCGUGGUUUCUCCUGCCUUGCAGUUUCCUCGUCCUGAGGUGAAUGCAGAGAGUCAGGGGAGAAGACAUUGUCCUUGUAACUACCGGUGAGCGGCAGGGAGAGCCGCGCCACCCAUGCUGGAUCAGCAGCCGUCAGCCUCUUGAGGGCCAGCUCUGGAGGGAGUGAAAACAAGAACUGUUGGUGAGACGUGUGGCAGAGGAGAUCAAAGGAGAAAAAAAUGAGAAAUUAGGAGACUUCCUGAGAUCCGAUGUUACAAGACUGAUCGUAAGCAAAUCUAGGGAUAGGCUACCAGCAGCAUCACUCAAACCAACAGCUUAAAAACCGAGCAAACUAGAAUUGUUUUAAAACAACUGUGUUUGUUUUGUUUUUAAAUAUAAGAACCAUUAGGAUCACUUUGAGUUCUCAUUUGUUGCGGUUUCAAGUGGCACUUCACUAAAUUGUUAGCAAAGCCAAAGAAAGUGAAGGUUCAGGACUAGCUAAAGGGGAGACAACAACAGCGGAAAGUUUUCAAGGGGGAAGUGUCAAACAGAAAAAUGGUCACUAGUGGACUUCCCUUAUCGGUCACUCAAGAGUGGGAAUUUGCUGCUAAACAGUCAGAUUGAGACCGAAAAGAAGUGGGUUAUUGUGAAAACUAAUAACAGAACUGGAAUGAAAUUCUGAAUUAUAAAACGCACAGCUGGGUAGUUGAGGACUAGUAACAAAAAAUUGAGCUAUAACGUAUUUGUUCAUCAAUUGGAAACAGAUGAGGAGCAGUGGGAGCCUGGUGUGGGCGUUGGCUGCAGGCUCAUUAAUGUACCAGUGAUGUGAUUCUGCCCUGAAAUGGGCAAAUGAAAUGAUACAAUGUGUUGGUCAAGAUAUUCCCUGUUGGCAUAAAGACAUAUCUGCGGUAUUGUUACUAGGUCUGGCAAGACCUGAUUAGGAGAAUUACAUACAAAUCUGAUUAUCCAUCUCUGGGAAAGAGGAUCUGAAAUGACAGAAGUGCAGAGAAAAACUGUUGAGAUGAAAACAAGAGCAAGUCUGAGCUUACAAGAUGGACACCCCAAGAGGUAGGGUUGCUUAGCCUGAGGAAGCAAAUGCUCACUGGGGAUUUGACUGCAACCUGCUAUUAUUUUGAUGAGAUAAGCACCAACAAAGGAAAUCGCUAUGCUUAAAAUAGCGUUGGCAAAAGAAGAAAUGAUUAAAAGUGUCCGUGAAUAAACAUAUACUGAAAAUUAAAGGAAGGACCCCAUAGCAGAGUGAGCCUGGAAUAGCUUCCCCAUCAGACGACAGGAAAGGAAGUGGGGAUUCUUGUUUUUAAGGUAGAGCUUUGCGGUUGAUAAACAGGCUCCGACGUGGACACGGAAGCUGCUGUCCAGCCCCGCACUGAUUCAUUCCCAGAGCGUAACGAACCCCUGGAAGGGGCGAAGUGACAGGCAGGUCUGUGAAACGCUCAGAAAGCAGGGAAACAACUGGUGUCUGCUAACACAGCACCGGAUACCCUGACAGCCCCAGUCAGAAGGCAAGGCUUGGUGUCGUUAUAAUCAUUAUCCAGCUCUCACUGAUGUAAGGUGACCUCAGAAAGAGGGUCCCCAUUCUCCUGCACUUUUGCUGUUUCUGGAAGGUAAUCAAUAACCAGCCAGAGCCGGGGACGUGUGGUCCCCUCUGUCUGUGGCUGGUCAGUCAGCAAGACAAGUCUCCUUCCUCCAAGUAGUUAUCCUUUUUCUCUGAAACAGAAUUGUGCCUCAGGGUGCUUGGGGCAAGGGGGAGCUGGGAGUGGAAACCUGGUAAGGAGAGAAAGGCAGAUACAACACUUAAAUUUUGUUACAGUGGAAGCCCCAAAAUUCUUAUAUCUUGGUUAACUUUCAAGCCUUCUUUCUGCAAUCUCAGUAUUUCCUCUCAGUCGCAGUGACUGUUCCUUAAGAGAUCUCCCAAGUACACUGAAGCCCCGUGUGUUUGCUUUAAAACAGCGCAGUUCUGUCCUCCGCAGUCUGUGAGAAGCCACCAAAUCCACUGAAUAGUGUGAUGCUUCGGCUCGGGAGCGGGGCAGAACGGCAGUGUGCUCAUAGCAGGGAGAGCUGAGACUGUUGGCUGAUCAUCCCGGCCCCUGUGGCCAUGAAAUCUUAUAAUUAGGUAUGUUUAAUUUGACUGAUAACUCCUUCUUGCCUUAUUUUAAUGGUGUGUUGUUUUAUAAUCAAUAAAGAUGUAUCUUUUUCCAGCC